CUAAGAGCUGGGAAUAGGCCUGGAGAGGAGCUAAGGAUGGGAUUGAGGCCUGGGCCUGAGCGGCCGAGCUAAGGUUUUGGCCUGAGAGAAGAAAGGGGAGGUACUAGGGUUAAAGGUGGGACAAAGGGGCCUGGGAGAGCAGGGAGGUCCCGGAUGAAGAACGAGACUAAAAGUCAGAACUCGGGGGCGGAGACCACGCAGUCCAGAGCUGGGGGAGGUGGGAGGGGAGCUGGGCAAGCAUGAGGCAGAGUUAGAGGAUUUGGGCGAAGCUGAGAUUGGGGUUUACGGUUGGGUUGCGGGCUUGGCCUAGCUGAGGUUCCGGGUUGGACUUCUGCGAGGAGGGGGCCCCGUACAGACGAAGAACUGGGCUGAGAGCGAUGUGGGUCAGGACGACAGUGACGAUUGAAAGAUGGACUAAGGAAAGGCCUGGGCACGAGAUCAGCGUCUGGGAUGACAGCAAGAGCAGGGAUGUAAACAGGUCGCCCAGCUGGGAGAGAGGACAUCUGCUGGCUGGCGUGGCAUCCAGCACUGACACAUCUACCUUCUCUGAAGGUGAUUUCAAAGAGACUGACAGGUGCUGCUGGAAACACAAGCGGUGUUCUGGACACAUCGUCCACCCCCUCAUCCCUGACUAUGGUCAUCACAAGCUGCACCUGCACACCGUCAACCACUGCGACUGUGAUUCUAGGGCAAAGGAAUGCUCAGAGAAGGCAAACAGCAGCAGCUCCCGAGAUGUGGGCCAAACCUGCUCCCGGGACAUGAGCCCCACCUGCUUCAAGAUCAUCCAGACCCCUUGCUUUGAGCUCAUCCCAGAGGAAGAAGAGUGUGUGGAACGGUUCUGGUAUGGCUGGUGCAAAAGCUACAGGCCUGUCUCGGUGGCAGUGAUCCACCAUCCCAUCCACCGUGAGUUUGUGGAAGAUGACCUCAAUGAAGAUGAGGAGGAAGAAGCAAGCAAGCCUCCUAUCCCGACCCAGGUGGGGCCUACCACCAAGCCCCCUGACACAAGCACUGGCACGGUCACUGGCACCGCCACCGGUACCCCUGACUCAGCAGCUCCCAUCACCAUCUGGCGCUCCGAGAGCCCCACAGGGAAAAGCCAGGGCAACAAGGUGAUCAAGAAGGUAAAGAAGAAGAAAGAAAAAGAGAAAGAUGAGGAGGAGUCAGACAAGGAGAAAGCAAAGCUGAAGAAAAAAAUCAAGAAGGGCAAGGUGACUAAGAAGAAAAGCCCAGUUAAAUCGGAACCUUCGCCUGCAGACUUAGGCCGAUCAAUAAGCCCAAGAGAGUUGGCCAGGAUGUCAGAGUCCAGCCCAGACAGCCGGGAAGAUCUAGAGAGUGAGGGCAGCUACAAUGACCCCAGACAGGAGGAACCCUCCAGUGAGGAUCCUGUGGAGUCUCCAUCACCCAGGAAAAGAGAGAAAAACACAAACCAGAAUAAGAAGUCCGGGAAGGUCUCACAAGUCAGGAAGGUAAACAAGAGGAAGUCUCCCCCAACAUCAAACCCCAAUGUCAGUUGAGGCCAGGGUGACCAGGGCAAAGAAUAAAUUCCAUCAAGCCUGUAGCUGACCACCUACCACUGUUCUCUCUCCAGCUGGACUCCUUCUGUGUGUAUGUGUUGAGGGGGUGGUUCUGGGCACAGCUGGAGCCAAGGGGCUAGGGCUGCAGGGGUUUCUGAAGGGCGAUCCAGCUUUCAAUGAAGUCCAUAGGAAGGUGGAUGGGAGGGAGACCCUUUCCGUCUUACAGGGGGAAGGAGAGGGACAUAGCCAUUUUUUCUUAAUAUUCUAGGACUGGGACAGAAGCGUACAUGUGGGUUGGGGUAGGUAGCUAAGGCUCUCCCUCUACUGGAAAACUGGUCUGUGUGGAUUCUGCUUCUGGGACAGGCAGUACUGUCUGCAGUAACAGCCACAAUAAAAUCAACCUUUUAACCCACUCUGUGCCGCUGCACCUGGCCUUUCCUUCUCUAAGUGGCCCUGGGGAAGAUGGGGCAGGGCAGCCCACAGGGGUCAGCAAGGCUUCCACCUGCUCUAGGAGGUGCUCACGGCACCAUAGGAGACACGACCUUCCCAGCUGGUGUGGCCCUGCUCUAGCUAGACCCUUGCAGACUUUCUGUGUUCAAGGGAGAACUGAGUUCUUGGCAGAGGGCCAGCCUUCCCCUGCUCCUGACAACCUUUCAAAAAAACAAAAAAAAACUUGAAUAACAACAAGGGAGCUCAUCAGGUUUGAGCAGCGGUGGCCCUUUCUGACUUCUCUGCAGAGCCCCAAGCAGGGGCAGGGAGAGCAAAGCCUUACGAUCCCAGCACUGACUCACAAAGCUGUGAGCUGAAGCCCUUGUGGAGACACAGAGGGGACCAGGGGUCCAGAACAAAAGUGGCAGUGGGGGUGCAGGAAGGGACCAGGACUAGGAGGCUGGCUAGUCCCAGCCAGGAAGGACUGGGCCCCUUGCCACAUCCCAGCUCCCUUUUCCAGGGCCUGUGUAGGGGGAAAGGGGGGGCAGUGAUGGUGGGAGACCAUCCUGGGGCAGAAACACUUGACUUGCUUGGGAGUAUUGUCGGAGAUGAAGGUCCAGCCGGCAAAAAGGGAACAGUGGAAGGUGCAAGGAUUUGAGGUAAAAAAAAUCCGACUUACUUGUGGCCUUUCUCAUUAUGCCAGAGAAGACCAACCAGGAGGCCCAGGGGAUGGGGUAGCUGGGAGUGAGUGAGUCUAAGAAGGGCACUAGUGUUUACUGAGAGCUCUUCAUGUACCAGGCACUGGGCUAAGCAGUUCAUACACAUUGUAUCAGCCUUCCCGCAGCUGAUGAGCUAGGUAUUAUCAUUUCCAUCUUGCCAAUAAGAAAGCAGAUUUAGAGGCAGUUAAGUAGCUUGCACAAGGGUCAUGGAACUAGGAAGCAGAGCAGGGAUGUGACCCCAGGCAGGCAGCUUCUACAGCAGACUGCCUGGGGUCAUGUCCUUGCUCUGCACUACCAGGGACCAUUGCCCUUCUCCUGGAUGGGAAACGGGAGUCAGGGGAGCCUUCACAGCUCCACACACUGCUUUGAAAGCUACUCCUCAAAGAGCCGAAGAGUUGCAGAGACUGCAGCAAGCGCUCUGUAGAAACACUGUUUAUUCAAUGAUAGGC